AUGGUUCCGGGGGGGGCGGCCGGAAGUGGCGAGCGCGCGCGCGGCCGGAAGUGGCGCGCGGUUGCCGAGGAGACGGGCCGGGCCGGGCCUGGCCGGGCCGAGCGGGUGCCAACAUGGCAGCGGCGGGGGCCGGAGGGGUCGGGGGGUCCGGGGGGGUCGGGGGGGGUCGGGGGGCCGGCGGCCGCGGCGGCCGUCACCACAGCCGGGACCGCGGGCGAGCGCGAGCCCGGGGCGGCCAGCGCAGCUCACCGGCGACUCAAGUACAUCUCCUUGGCGGUGCUGGUGGUGCAGAACGCCUCGCUGAUCCUCAGCAUCCGCUACGCCCGGACUCUGCCCGGAGACCGCUUCUUUGCCACCACGGCCGUGGUGAUGGCCGAGAUCCUAAAGGGGGUCACCUGCCUGUUGCUCAUCUUCAUCCAGAAGCGAGGGAACGUGAAACAUUUCGUGCUGUUCCUGUAUGAGGCCGUCCUGGUACAGUAUGUGGACACCCUGAAGCUGGCCGUCCCGUCCCUCAUCUACACCCUGCAGAACAACCUGCAGUACGUGGCCAUCUCCAACCUGCCCGCCGCCACCUUCCAGGUGACAUACCAGCUGAAGAUCCUGACCACGGCCCUCUUCUCUGUGCUGAUGCUGCGCAAAAGCCUGUCGCGGCUGCAGUGGGCCUCCCUGCUGCUGCUGUUCACCGGCGUGGCCAUCGUCCAGGCCCAGCAGGCGGGGGCCGGCGGCGGCGGCGGGGGGGGCGGCGCGGCAGCCCCGGGCCGGGCCGCGGACCAGAACCCCGUGGCGGGGCUGGCGGCCGUGGUGGUGUCCUGCCUGUCGUCCGGCUUCGCCGGGGUCUACUUCGAGAAGAUCCUGAAGGGCAGCGCGGGGUCCGUGUGGCUGCGGAACCUGCAGCUGGGCCUCUUUGGGACCCUGUUGGGGCUGGCGGGGCUGUGGUGGGCCGAGGGCCCGGCCGUGGCCCAGCGGGGCUUCUUCUUCGGGUACACGCCGGUGGUGUGGGGGGUCAUCCUCAACCAGGCCUUCGGGGGCCUGCUGGUGGCCGUAGUGGUCAAGUACGCCGACAACAUCCUCAAGGGCUUCGCCACCUCCUUCUCCAUCGUGGUCUCGACGGUGGCCUCCGUGCGGCUCUUCGGCUUCCGCGUGGACCCGCUCUUCGCCCUGGGGGCCGGGCUGGUCAUCGGGGCCGUCUACCUGUACAGCCUGCCCAAGGGGGCCGCCCCCGCCGCGGCCCCGCCGCCCUCCGCCGCCCGCCGCCCAGACCUGACGGAGCCCUUCCUGCCCAAGCUGCUCUCCAAGGAGAAGGGCUCCUAGCCCCCGGCAGGGAAGAUGCCAUGGUGCCACGAAAGACUUCUGUGCCACAGCCCAGCUGCCUGCCCCCUUGGUUUGGCACUGCCACCCUCAAGUGCCUCGGUAACAGACUUCCUGAUGCCGGCUGUGCCCAGCAGGCCCCCCGCUCCCACCCGCGCUCUUCUUUGGGGAAGCCCCCUCGUCUUUCUCCUCCACAAUCCCGGAGGAGACCACGCUCAGUAUUACAGGGGGGUGCGGGCGUUCAUUCUUAGGUCAGCCCCUGCCCCCCGUAACGCGGAUGGAGGAAAUGCUGGAGAGGCGGGACGAUUGAGUCUGGCCCUUUUCCUUGACUUUGGGAACCCUUCUGUUGGUCCUUCACUCCCGAGGGGUUAAGCCAGCUAGGCUACCGUGGGAUGAAGGAGGGAGAGAGGAAGGGGUGCCUCCGUUCCUGUGUUUUCCCCCAUUUUUCUACGGCCUCGUGUUCUAGUCUUACCCCCAGUUGUAUUUAUUAGGAUUUUUCCCCAGCACUUUUUCAGAAAUAAAUCUGCAUUGCUACCA